GGCAUACCCAGUCCGGCUUGUGGUUUUUUACCCUGGGAGGCGCGGCUAUCAAAGCGUCUCAUUUCCUAUUAGCUUGGUAAAACUCUACUCCGAGAUUGCAGAACACUUCAUUUCGCGCGCCCCUGCGACCAGCUUUUAUGCUUUGGGUAGGUAGGUAGGUGGGUGGGGGUCAGUCUGAAAAGCGGGAGGCCCUGGCACAGGCCUGUGUUUUCUUUUGAGGUGGUGCAGGAGAGUCGCUGCCAACAUGACCGGCGAGAAGGCUGCAAAUGGCAUCCAGGCGCCUCUGCCAGGGAGAUGCGGGUACUUCGUGGAAAAGAAGAAGAGAUAUUGCAAAAUGAUCGUUGCAGAGGGGAAGCGUCUCUGCGGGGAACAUGCGAAUACGGCACCAGAAAGAGAAGGUGAAAACCAAAGAAGAAGAAUUCCAUGUCCCCUUGACCCAAAACACACAGUUGAUGAAGACAAACUAGAAAAGCAUUUGAAAAAGUGUAAUUCAAGGGAAAAACCCAAACCUAUUUACUAUAUUAAAGGUAUCAAUGGGGGUUACGAGGAUGCAAUGGAGACACCCAGACAACAGGUUUCCAUUUGUGCUCUAUCCAAAGAAGAACUGGAGAAAAUGAUCAAAAAGCUCCUAAAGGCAACUAGCAGUUUGAAUUCUAAGCUGACAGACCAAACAUUAACUCACAUUGCACUGCAGGAAGCUCUGAAUGAUCCAAAAAAUGGAGAUUUUGCCUUUAAGCAUUUGAAGCAGCAGGCUUCACUUACUGGUAAUUUGGAAAGACUGAGUUUGCUUGGAUCAAACCGAUGUUUUGUGGAGUUUGGUGCUGGUCGGGGAAAGUUGUCCCAUUGGAUAGAUCUUGCUUUACAAGAUGUCAAGAAUGUUUACUUCCUCCUUGUGGAGAGAGCCACUACACGUUUCAAGGUAGAUGGUAAACAUAAAAAUCGAGGCUCAAUGUUUGAGCGGCUUCAAAUUGACAUCGAAGAUCUCAGCCUAGGUAAGGUACCCCUUCUUGUAAGAGAAAGACUACCUGUUGUUGGAAUUGGCAAGCAUUUGUGUGGAGCUGCUACAGAUCUUGCUCUGAGGUGUAUCAUGGAAAGUUACGUAACAGACCAGGAAGAUACUGGCAAGGAACCACCAGAAAAAAGAUUGAAGAGUGAUGAAAUGUGGACUAUAGGAGAUCCUACGAGUCAUUCUAAUUGUACUGUGCUGAAUGCUGCAAAUAGACUGCCAGUCCUGGGAGUUGCUAUUGCACUUUGUUGUCAUCACAGAUGUGAAUGGAAGCAUUAUGUAGGCAAGGAAUUUUUCUCCUCACAAGGUCUUGGUGCGGAAGAUUUUGGGAUCUUUCAACGUAUGUCAAGCUGGGCCACCUGUGGAAUGAAAAGGCAUUCCAUUGAUGUGGGUGAAGCAGAAUUUGACAAUGCAAAUCAGAAACUGCAUCUGGAAGAGCAUGAUUUUGAAGAGGAAACCUUUGCAUAUGAAGGGACACUGACUGCAGAAGAAAGAGAACGUUUGGGUCGACUGUGCAAGCGGUUGAUAGACCAGGGGCGGAUCUGGUAUUUGGAGCAACAAGGAUUUGACUCAGCUUUGCAGUAUUACACUAAUCCUAGCAUCUCCUUAGAGAAUGUCCUGCUUACAGCUGUUCCGUCCAAAGAUUCGGCAAAGUGAGAACUCUGAAGUGAGUUUAAACAGUUGAUGUGUUGUAAACUGUUAAAUUUUGCUGAUAGAUGCGUUGUAACAUUAUCUGUUAAGCAACAUGUUCCACCCAUUCUCCUGACAUUAACCCUUCCUGGAUUAUCUUGUCUUGUAACACAUUUGUACUGUACAGCACACGGUGACAAGAAUAGCUUUCAGCUAUGCAAUUUUCAUUUAUUAGGUUUUUUUUUAAUCUCAGUCCGCACCAAAGAAGCACUUUCAGAUCAUCAUUCCACAGCAAUUUUGAAGAAUUCACUCAAGUUUAAGUAAGCGAUGAAUAUUCAGCUGUACGUUGUUUUCUUUUAAUCUAAUAUUUGCUUCGCAAGUGAAUUCAGCUUGAUUUCAGUAGGACAUUUCAGCCUCAAUUGUGACCAACAAAUCUGAGGUGUAAGUUUUAGUUUUGCCUGAAAGACAAAAUAAAUAACUUUAUAUUAA